AUGCACGAUGACUUCAAUGUUCACAGGAAAGUCCGAGAAGUAACUAAGAAAGGCCACAAAAACAACUAUAAACCUUUGGUCAACGGAGAAGGAGAAAUCAUCGUUGACGCGGAGAAAAAGGAGGAGACCUGUAAAACAUAUCUUAGAGAAUCUAUUCCAUGA